AUGGCUUACACUAAACUUGACCUAGAAAAGGAACAGGAAGACUUCGACAAGGAAGUCAACGCUAUUAAGGAAUGGUGGUCUCAACCAAGAUGGAAAGGUAUCAGAAGAGCUUACUCUGCUGAGGAUAUUGCCUCUAGAAGAUCUACCAUAAAGAACCCUAACGCUUCUGACGUCAUGGCCAAGAAGGCUUUCAAGUUGUUCACGGAACAUGCUAAGAACGGCACUUCUUCCAUAACUUUUGGUGCCUUGGAUCCUAUUCAUGUUGCACAAAUGGCUAAAUAUUUGGAUACAAUCUACGUUAGUGGUUGGCAAUGCUCUUCUACUGCCUCGACCUCGAACGAGCCUUCUCCUGAUUUGGCAGACUACCCUAUGAACACUGUACCAAAUAAGGUUCAACAUUUGUUUUACGGUCAACUAUUCCAUGACAGAAAGCAGCACCAUGAACGGUUUACUGUGUCCAAGGAAGAACGUGCUAAGAUGCCAUAUAUCGACUUUAUGAGACCUAUUAUUGCCGAUGCUGAUACCGGUCACGGUGGUACCACGGCCAUCUUCAAGUUGACCAAGAUGUUCAUUGAAGAUGGUGCUGCUGGUAUACAUAUCGAGGAUCAGGCUCCAGGUACUAAAAAAUGUGGUCAUAUGGCCGGUAAAGUGCUUGUUCCUAUUCAGGAACAUAUUAACCGUUUGAUCUGUAUCAGAGCUUCUGCCGAUGUUUUUGGUAGCGAUUUGAUUGUAGUUGCCAGAACUGAUUCUGAAGCUGCUACUCUUAUCACUUCUACCAUAGAUGUCAGAGACCAUUAUUUCAUUCAAGGUUGCACAAAUCCUGACGUUGGAUCUUUGGUCGAAGUGAUGAACGUUGCUGAAAAUAAGGGUAUUCAGGGUCCCGAAUUGGAGAAAGUCGAAGCCGAUUGGGUUUCGAAAGCAGGUGUCAUGCGUUUCAACGAGGCUGUGGAACAGGCCAUUAAGAAGUCCGAUCUUAAGAAUAAAGAUGCUGCUAUUAAGAAAUUCAGCGAGAAAGUCACUCCAUUAAGCUGCACCUCCGACGCUGAUGCACGUAAACUCGCCAAGGAGAUUAUUGGAAAGGAUAUCUACUUUGACUGGGAGAAACCAAGAGUCAGAGAAGGCUACUAUAGAUAUCAGGGUGGUACAACAUGUGCCAUAAAUCGUGCCAGAGCCUUUGCUCCAUAUGCCGAUAUGAUUUGGAUGGAAACUAAAUUGCCUAUAUACGAUCAGGCCAAGGAAUUUGCCGAAGGUGUUGAGGCAGUUUAUCCAGACAAAUGGCUGGCCUAUAAUUUGUCUCCUUCCUUCAACUGGAACACAGCAAUGUCUCCAGAAGAGCAAGAAACUUACAUUAGUAGGCUAACAAAGCUUGGAUUCAUCUGGCAAUUCAUCACUUUGGCUGGUUUGCAUACCACCGCUUUGGCAGUCGACAACUUUGCCAGGGACUUCAAGAAGAUCGGUAUGAGAGCAUAUGGACAAAAUAUCCAGGCUAAUGAGAUAAAAGACGGUGUUGAAGUUGUUAAGCAUCAAAAAUGGUCUGGAGCAGAAUAUGUCGAUAGCAUAGUUAAGAUGGUUACAGGUGGUGUCUCCAGUACUUCUGCUAUGGGUUCAGGUGUCACAGAAUCUCAGUUCAAAUGA